AUGGGUUUUAUUCAUGCCUUGGUUGUGCUGCAGGAGGGAGAAGCUUACUCCUGGGAGUUUGAUGAAGGCGGUUAUCCGCCUUUCUGGAAGCCCAGUGCUCUCGAGAAUUUUAUUGCUACUGCUAGUCUAACUUAUGAACAAUUGAAAAAGAUAGAAGUUUGUUCGUCACCGGGUGGGCUGGGCUGGCUUUAUAACUCUAUGUAUUUUCUGAUGACAAAUACCUCUAGUUCUACAUCACUAAAUACUGGAAGUCAUAUGACAAAAAGCUGGUGCUCAAUGGAAAUAUUUCCUGCAAAGGUCAUACUUCAUUGCACUAUUCGAACCAUGGAGGGCAUUGUUGUGAAUUCUACAAGAAGGGAACAUGGAGGAAAAGGAAUCCCACUCAGAUUUGUGUUGGGGAAAAGCAAAAUGAUCCUUGGCUUUGCUGAAGGCUUUCCAACAAUGCUGAAGGGUGAAAUUGCUAUGUUUAAAAUGGAGCCGAAAAUACACUAUGCAGAGGAUGAUUGCCCGGUUACACCUCCAGAUGGCUUCCCAAAAGAUGAUGAGCUUCAGUUUGAGGUUGAGAUGUUGGAUUUCUUUGAAGCCAAGGUGAAUGAUAUCGAUCAUGACAUGGCAUCCCCUAUGGGAACUAUCAAGUUAAGUGCAACACGCAAUGUUGCUAGCCCAGUUGGUUAUUCGGCCUUUAGAGUGCCAUGGCUCAAGGUCGUGACUGAGGAUUUAGGGGUUGUAAAGAAGAUAGUUGAUGAAGGCAAGGGGUGGGAAACACCUAGAGAACCAUAUGAAGUGACAGCACGGACAAAGAGGUACAAAUGCCGGAGUUCGUCUGAGAGACGGACAUUUGUGAGCAUGGAUGUUACGUUCCGUGAAUCGGAACCCUUUAUGAGUGUCUUCUUGCAUGGGGACUUGCAAGAGGAGGCAUACAUGGAGAUUCCACGUGAGUUCUCGACUUCCGAGACUGUUGGCGAGGAAAUACAAGUUGCAUAUUUCCUAACAGUUGCAUCUACAUAUUCAGCCUACUAUGAUAUUACUUACCUUCUUAUGAAAAAUAAUUUAACUAGGACAUUUUUGUUUGUCAUCUCCAGGAUAACUGCAAGAACAGCAGAUGGAAAAGAAAUUCUUCCCAGUAAAGAAGUGCCAUAUUUCUUCACUUUGGGUAAAUCUGAGGCACCUAAAGGCCUUGAGAUGGGAAUUGGAACAAUGGCACGCAAGGAAAAAGCAACUAUUUAUGUUACCAAUACCUAUUUGACAGAGUCCUCAGUAAUGCCGCAACUUGAAGGCCUUGAAGAAGUUCAUUUUGAGGUGGAACUUGUUCAGUUUACUCAGGUGAGGGAUAUGCUUGGUGAUGGACGCCUCAUAAAGCGCCGUGUAGUGGAUGGAAGUGGUGAAUUUCCUAUGGACUGCCCCCUUCAUGAUAGCUUGUUAAGAGUUCAUUACAAGGGGAUGCUCCUUGAUGAACCAAAGUCAGUAUUUUAUGAUACACAAAUUGAUAAUGAUGGGGAACCAUUGGAGUUCUGUUCUGGAGAAGGAUUGGUUCCUGAAGGAUUUGAAAUGUGUGUUCGACUAAUGCUUCCUGGUGAAAAAUCUAUUGUCACCUGCCCUCCAGAUUUUGCGUAUGAUAAAUUCCCAAGGCCAGCGAAUGUUCCUGAAGGAGCUCAUGUUCGGUGGGAAAUUGAAUUACUUGGAUUUGAAGUUCCCAAGGAUUGGACUGGCUUGACCUUCAAAGAAAUCAUGGAAGAGGCAGAUAAAAUUAAGAACACGGGUAACAGACUAUUUAAAGAAGGAAAAUUUGAACUUGCAAAAGCAAAAUACGAGAAGAGUUCUCUACAUCUAAAUGUAGCUGCUUGCUACCAGAAGAUGGGUGAGUACAGGAAGUCUAUUGAAGCGUGCAAUAAGGACGGGUUGAUGGAGGCGUUGGGGGCAGCCCAGGGGUGCGAAAGGUGGAUCCUUUCCGCCCGUAUCUUUGGUUGGGGUAUCUUUGGUUGGGGUAGCGGGAGGUCUCGAGUGGGGUGUCAAGGUCUUGGAUGUCGGGGCGGUGGCCCUGGUGGUGGUUCCGUGGUGCUCAUGGGCAGAGCCCAUGGCUUGGUGCUGCCCGGUGGCCAUGGCCGUGUGGGCGGCGUGGUCGCCGGGGUGUGGUGUUCGGUGGCGGUGCUUGAUGCAAAUCCUGUGCAUGUCAAAGCACUCUACCGCCGAGGAAUGUCAUACAUGUUAGGUGGGGACUUUGGUGAUGCAAAGAACGAUUUUGAGAAGAUGGUAACCGUUGAUAAGUCCUCGGAACCUGAUGCUACAGCGGCCCUUGUUAAACUUAAACAGAAGGAACAGGAAAUUGAAAAGAAGGCAAGGAAGCAGUUCAAAGGACUAUUUGACAAGAAGCCAGGAGAGAUAUCUGAAGUUGGUGUGGAGUCCAAGAAUGGUGGCGACACGGCAGGGUCUGGCGAGGCAGUGACAAGUAGGGAUAGAAAUGGAAGCGGGAAGUCUAGUCCUCCGAGUGCAGAGUCAGAUCAUGCCUUUGAUGAAGAGAGGCCAGGACUUAUUGGCCGCAUCUGGCCUUCUGCGAGGCGGAUUUUCUCCUCCCUUGGUAUGAACAGGUGCACAAUACUCUGA